GGCACGGCGGUGUGGGACCUGGAGCGCUCUGUGCCAGAGCCUUCGCCGCUUGCCACAGGCACCCCCGCCAUGACGGAUGCCACGUACGUCCUGUGCCGCUGGGAGAAGCGACUGUGGCCGGCGAAGGUUUUGGCCAAAACCGAGACUCCAACGAAAAAUAAGAGGAAGAAGGAAUCCUUCCUGGAUGUGCAGAUCCUCUCCCUGGAGGAAAAAGUCCGGGUGCGGAGCACAGAGGUGGAGGCCCUGCGGAGGUCGCGAAUCGAGGACAUUGCCUCCUUCCUGGCCUCGCAGCAGGAGGCCCCCGCCGCCCCCCUGGAGGAGCUGACCUACCGACGCUCGCUGCGCGUGGCGCUGGACGUCCUGAGCCAGAGAAGCGACUCGAGCCGAGGAGUCCCUCCCGGGGAGGACAGCCGUGUGCCGUGUGCGCAGGCCGGGCAGCCCCACGGGGCCAACCCCUCCCCGCGGCUGCGGGAAGAUGCGUCGGGUGCUUCGGGCCCUGAGAGCAGGGAGCGCGCACAGCAAAGCCCGCGGGGACAGGACCCCGGGUGCCAGGUGGACCACGAGACGGGGCUCAGGAGGAGGGGGAUCCCGGGAGCCCCGCCCGGCCCGGCGUCCAGCGCUGCUUCCCGGGGUGGCCGCAGACUGAGAGCGCACCACGGAAGCCAGGCUCUGGCCAAGAGGGGAAGAAGCGCAGCACAGAGGCCAGGCUCCGGCCAGAAGGCGCCGUCACCCUCGGAGGCCACGGGCGACAGCUGGGCAGCUCCCGCCUCGCCCUCCAGGGUCAGGGAGGAUGACCCAUGUGCCAAGGCCGACGGACACGACCCAGGCUUGCCAUCCGGCACCCUCACAGUGCUCCCGGCUCCUGAGCGCUCAGCCUGCCCGGGGACUGGUGGUCGCCCCACAAAGAGGCGGCGCCUGCACGGCGGCCAGAGGCCAGGCGCCCGGCACCGGCCGCCGAGGCCCGGCGAACAGGGAGGAGCUCGGCCGCCUGGCUCCGGCGUGCCUGCAUGUGCGGCAAGAGGGCCUCAUCUCGGCGCCAGCGAGGGGCCCGAGGAAGAUUGUCCGUCUUCGGAGGAGUCGGUGGAGCUGAAUUCCAUGAACUCCAUCCUGGAGGACGACGAGGAAGACGAGGAGCCGCCCAGGAUUCUUCUGUUCCACGAACCACGCUCGUUUGAAGUAGGAAUGCUGGUCUGGCUUAAAUACCAAAAAUACCCGUUCUGGCCGGCGGUGGUCAAGAGCAUCCGGCGCAGAGACAAGAAGGCCAGCGUGCUGUUCAUCGAAGGAGACAUGGACCCCAAAGGCCGGGGCAUCACGGUGUCGCUGCGCAGGCUGAAGCACUUUGACUGCAAGGAGAAGCAGGCCCUGCUGAACACGGCCAAGGAGGACUUCGACCAGGCCAUCGGCUGGUGCGUCUCCCUCAUCACCGACUACCGGGUCCGCUUAGGCUGUGGCUCCUUCGCCGGCUCCUUCCUGGAGUACUAUGCUGCCGACAUAAGUUACCCCGUGCGGAAGUCCAUCCAACAGGACGUCUUGGGGACCAAGUUCCCGCCCCUGAGCAAGGGGGAGCCCGAAGCGCCCGUGGGCGGGAGCCCCCCCGGGCGGAGGCCGCCCUGCCGGAAGGUGCUGCCCGACCGCUCCCGGGCCGCCCGGGACCGGGCCAACCAGAAGCUGGUGGAGUACAUUGUGAAGGCCAAGGGCGCUGAGAGCCACCUGCGGGCCAUCCUCCGGAGCCGGCGGCCGUCGCGCUGGCUGCACAGCUUCCUGAGCUCCGGCCAGCACGUCACCUGUGUGGAGACCUACCUGGAGGACGAGGACCAGCUGGAGCGCGUGGUGCAGUACCUGCAGGGCGUGUGCCAGGAGGCGGGCAGCGAAGCGCUGGCCCGGGCCAACGGCGACCCGGUGCGCUUCAUCCUAGACGUGCUGCUGCCCGAGGCCGUCAUCUGCGCCAUCUCCGCCGUGGACGCCGUGGACUACAAGACGGCCGAGGAGAAGUACAUCAAGGGGCCCUCGCCCAGCUACCGGGAGAAGGAAAUCUUUGACAACCAGCUGCUGGAGGAGCGGAGCCGGCGCCACCGCUGACGCCGCCGCGGAGCUGCCCUGCCUGGCGGCCGUCUGGGCUCUCACGUCCCCGGUCCGCGCUGCCACACGCGGGGUCUGCCGCUGUCUCUGGAGGACCGGGGGUGUGGCCGCCGGCUGUGAUGUGUCGUCGUUGUCUUGUAUUGCGCUGGGCCUCACAUUAAACAGGAG